AUGAAUACAACACUUGAUUUCUCAUAUAUUCCUAAUUUAAUAACUUAUUCAUCUGGGAUAGCAUUGCAAAGUUGUUUAAUUAUAUCUUAUUUAACUCUUCCAUUUUAUUGUUAUGUACACAAUUUGAGACGGCACAAAGAGAAAAAUUUACACAUUGUUCAAUCAUUUUACAAAAUUGUCAAAUUGUCGUAUUUUGUGUUUACGUUUUUUGUGGUCACCAGUAUAAUGUUUAUGACGGUUUUUAAGACGAUUUUGCAGCCCGACCGAAAUCCAACUAGCCAAUUAGUGUUUGACAGUAUAGCUUUGCCUAUAUGUCUUCUGGGUUACAGUCUUCACAUUCUACAACAAACAUUCCAUUUGUUAUUGUUUUCCCUUGCAAUUAUGAGUUUUCUCAAAUACCAUUUCCCAUACGAUUUCUUAUAUUCCCAAAAUUAUAUCAGCAACUAUGUCAGGAAAUUGAAUGUGUUUUUUGUUUUAAAGGAUUUUAUAUGUUUUGCAAUAUAUUUUCUUAACUUUGGAAAACAGUUGGGCGACGAGAUAAUGAAUAUCACCUUAAGUGUUUAUUUGGUGUUAUACAUUAUUGUUAACGUAAUCAUCUGUUUUCUAACCCCAUUUAUAUACAUUCCAAUUAUAAUUGGUAUGAAGAAACACCGACAUCUACAUUCCCAACAACACAUUUACAUUCACGAAUACAUGUUCAUCCAGAGUAUCAUGGUUUUAUUGUUCAAAAUAGUAACUGCACCAUUUUGGGUUGAGAGUUUCAAUUCUGAUCUCUCAUUUGCAUUGCCACUGAUCAUGUCUAUUACUGACGUUAUCACAACACCUUGGUUAAUUCAGCUGUCGUAUUUGAGAUGUAAUUUGACAGAACUGUACACUUUAUAUAUUUCAUUCGAUUUUUGGAAGUUUCUGAAAAUUGUAUUUGGUGGAAUGGAUGCUGCUGUACAUCCCGUUUUGCGUCCCAUUGCAUUUUCAAUCACUUAA